CGCCGAAGCCGUCCAAAAAAAAAGAGGACGCAACUUUUCUUUUCGCUCUAGCAUACCCUGCCUAUUGCGAACAUACCGCGCCGACGUUGGAAUCGACAUCAAUCAGACCAUUCGCCUUUCUACGUUACCCGGUCUCUGAUGAGACGCAUGAGACCUCCCUAGUCGGUUUUACUGCCAUCCUCACACCGUCGCGACAACCCCACCCUAGCACCGUUUCCUUGCAACUCGUCGCAUAACUACCAACAAACCCCCCUCUUUCCCAUCCUGCCUUCGCGACACCUGGCAGGGAAAUUCGUCGAGAAUCCAACUUUCUUCGCAGGAAAUCUACAGACGAUACCCUGGUUCCACUGCCACGGGACUAAAACAUCCGAACAUGGGCAAAUCUCAAUCUAAGCUCUCUCAAGAGCAGCUGGCCGAACUGCAGAAAUCUACGCAUUUCGACAAGAAGGAACUGCAACAAUGGUAUAAGGGCUUCCUCAAGGACUGCCCGUCGGGUAUGCUCACAAAAGAGGAAUUCCAGAAGAUAUACCGACAAUUCUUCCCUUUCGGUGAUCCAUCCUCGUUUGCAGAUUACGUCUUCAACGUUUUCGAUUCGGACAAGUCCGGCUCUAUCGACUUCAAAGAGUUCAUCUGCGCCCUGAGCGUCACGAGUCGUGGGAAAAUGGAGGAUAAGCUCGACUGGGCGUUCCAAUUGUACGAUAUCGAUGGUGACGGCAAGAUCAGCUACGACGAGAUGCUCAAGAUCGUGGAAGCUAUUUACAAGAUGGUCGGUUCGAUGGUGAAGCUCCCGGAAGACGAAGAUACCCCCGAAAAGCGUGUGAGGAAGAUCUUCCGCAUGAUGGACAAGGAUGAGAACGGCAGUCUAGACAUGGAAGAAUUCAAGGAAGGCAGCAAGCGCGACGAGACCAUAGUGUCGGCUCUGUCCCUGUAUGAUGGGCUGGUGUGACCCGACGGUUCCGCCGAGGCAGAGGGGUGUAGAGACGUUGCGAUCCACGGAAGGGAACUCAUCGGAACAUGGAAACAGUGUCGGUGCGAGGAAUACGGUCUAGGAGAGGGGAACUCGAGGGCGAAGACAAGGAGGGUUCCGUUUAGAGGGCUGCUGCCAACAUGUUAUUCCCGUUUCCCUCCCGUCUUCACAUCGGCAUCUAUCCGCGGCAGCAGAAAGGGCAGGAGCGGCUACAGCGUCGACCGG